GUCGACUGCACGUGUUUUGUGUGACCUUCUUACUACUUCCACCUCUCCCACGUGAUUCCAGUGUCCCUCGUCAUCAGUAUCGCCGCGUGGAGUGUUGUCGUGAUUCCGUCCACUGACUGUCAUCACCUUACCUACCUUUCCCCUCACCAAUGUGACUCCGCCCCCUGUCCCUGCAGUGAACUCCAUCCUUUAUCAAUCGCCUGUAACCUUGGACUGUUCUUGAGGUGGAGGUGACUUGUAAAGCAUUCAUACACUAACCACCAUGAUCAACCGUGUUGAGAUAUCAUCAGAUCGCAUCCGUAACAGCAACUCCCAGAAUGGAGUCAUCCAGCCACUCCUCACAGAUCUUUAUCAAAUUAACAUGGCGUAUGCCUACUGGAAGUCUGGCAAGCAUGAUGACGUUGCAGUAUUUGACCUGUUUUUCCGCAAGAAUCCCUUCCAAGGAGAGUUCACCAUCUUUGCUGGUCUGCAGGAGUGCCUGACCUUCCUGCAGAACUUCCGCUACUCUGAGUCUGAUAUUGAAUACCUUCGAGAGAACAUGCCGCCCACAGUGGAGCCUGAAUACUUUGAGUUCUUGGCAAACCUGACUACUGAUGAGGUGACAGUGUAUGCUGUAGAUGAAGGCAAGGUGGUAUUCCCCAGGGUGCCAUUGCUGGUGCUGGAAGGACCCCUCAUUGUUAUCCAGCUGCUUGAGACCACCCUGCUUACUUUAGUCAAUUAUGCUAGCCUGGUGGCGACCAAUGCUGCCCGCUAUCGCAUGGCUGCAGGACGCAAAAUGAAGUUGCUCGAAUUUGGGCUGAGGAGAGCACAGGGGCCUGAUGGGGGUCUGUCUGCCUCCAAAUAUGCUUAUCUGGGAGGGUUUGACGGGACAAGCAACGUGCUGGCAGGCAAGCUGUACAACAUUCCUGUGAAGGGAACACACGCCCACUCCUACAUCUCAUCUUUCUCCUCACUUGAUGACCUGCACAUAGACACACUAAAGCACAAGGAGACAGGUGAGGAAUUGAGUCUAAAAGAAGCAUCCCUGAGGUGGAGGUCUCGACUGGCAGACACCCUGAACAUCAUCCAGUCUGAGGCCUCAGAUGGGGAGCUGGCAGCCUUCAUCUCCUUUGCCAUUGCCUUCCCCUGUGGAUUCAUUGCUCUUGUGGACACUUAUGAUGUGCUGAAGAGUGGCAUUCUCAACUUCUGUGCGGUGGCUCUGGGGCUACACGACCUGGGCUACAGAGCCCUCGGGGUACGGAUUGACUCAGGGGAUCUGGCUUACCUCAGCUGCAUUGCCAGGGCAUCCUUCACCACCGUGGCUGAGGAGUAUGAGCUGGAUUGGUUCUCAAGUCUACAGAUUAUUGCGAGCAAUGACAUCAAUGAAGACACCAUCAUUAGCCUCAACGAACAGGGACACAAGAUUGACUGCUUUGGCAUUGGCACACACCUGGUGACAUGUCAGCGGCAGCCAGCUCUCGGGUGUGUGUUUAAAUUGGUGGAGAUCAACGGGGAAGCCAAGAUCAAACUCUCGCAGGACAUGGAGAAGAUCACCUGCCCUGGGAAGAAGAGUGUCUAUCGCCUCUAUGGGGAAGAUGGACAUGCUCUCAUUGACUUGAUGCAUCGAACCUCAGAAGAAGCUCCCCAGUCUGGGAAGAGAGUCCUGUGCCGUCAUCCAUUCCAGGAGGGCAAGAGAGCUUAUGUGAGCCCAGCCAAAGUGGAACCCCUCCACAAGCUGUAUUGGGAGAAAGGUGAGCUGCAGCAGCCUCUUCCUGACUUGGUGGAGAUAAGGGAGCAGGUCACACUUUCAUUGGAGACUCUGAGACAAGACCACCGCAGGAACCUCAACCCCACACCAUACAAGGUUGGGGUCACAGACAACCUCUACACUUUCCUGCAUGACCUGUGGCUCCAGAAUGCACCUAUUGGAGAACUCUUCUGAGCUUAAAGGGCCCCACAGUCACCCCAAGGUUACCUGCUCCCACAGCAAGGACAUCACCACAUACCAACUAUCACCAUCUAUGAGAGGACACUUGAAGUCAAAGAUUAUUAUAGAGGACUGUACAGCAGUUCUCAGAGCAAUAUUGUUUCUGUCAACUUUGAAAUUCACUAUACAAAUGUAUGUGUGAGUAUUUAAGACUGCCUAUAAAUAUAACUAUGCUCUUCAAUUAAGUUAGUUGCAUUAUGUGAACAAUAAGUUGCAGGCCUCAUUGUGAUGCUAGAGCAAAGAGCCUAAGUAAGCAUGGUGUACACUUGCAGGGUGACAGUGGCAUGAGCAGCAAGUAUGGUCUUACUCUCAUGAAUGUGAUUUACAAUAUGCAAGAGGUUCGUUAAGCUAUUUUUAUUGAAGAAAAAAGACCAAAACAUUUACGAGGACAAUAAUGGAGAAAAAAUAUCAUGUCUAACCUACUCUCUGAACAAACUCUGCAGUAUACUACAACUUGAAUAUGACGCACGCAUGCGCACACACACACACACACACACACACACACACACACACACACACACACACACACACACACACACACACACACACAGGUAUAUGAACUGUUUCUGUAGAAUGUAAUAUACAUUGUUAUAUGAACUUUACAUGAAUGUUGAGUACAUAUCUUGUUUUUAACCCAAACAGCAUCAACAAGUGCAGGUGUUGUGUAUGUGUUCUUAUUGCUCGCAAAAGUGGGUGCUGAUGAUUUAUAAUGAAGUAUUACUGCAUGUACAGCAGUAAUAUGGGGACGUGUGUCUAGCCACUGAAGGAACUUGCCAAGUGUAGCUGACUUGGUGAGGGUUGCUAGUGGGUGGACCUCUUUAGUAGUUCAUACCAAGAGUAUUGCUGUACUGAUAUACACUCCAGUGUCUCCAAACUUGAUACUUUUUUUGCAAAGAGAAAUGAAUUUCCUAUGACAUAAAGCAAUGAAGAAACACUAAUAAAGUACUUACUGGCUCAUGGAAGGUGGUAUAAGAACCACUAGUCACUAGCCAAGCCACUCUUUCCCUCCACUAAGUUAAGAGCAAGCAAUAAUUGUCAUAAUUUUAUCUAAGUAAGAGUGGUGAACAAUGAUUGAUGCACAAUAUACAGUUUUUAGUAUUGAAAGUUGACCUUUUCAGUAAUAUCAUGUUUAAAUUGCACAAAAUAGUGCCCUUUAUUACAAUACUACUUUAUUUUUAUAUAUCUAUCAUUAUAUAUAUAUAUAUAUAUAUAUAUAUAUAUAUAUAUAUAUAUAUAUAUAUAUAUAUAUAUAUAUAUAAUUUUACUUUAUCUAUAUUCUAUAUAAUCACACUAUAUAUACUUCUGUUAUGAAGACAUGAGUGAAGGAGCAAGGAGAAAAUGUGAUAGGUACACACAUACUGAUAAACUCCGUUUAGUUUGCAGCUUGACUCACCACUUCUGCAAUUGUGCAGUUAUGAUUUUGUUUGCAGAUUUGCAUUUUACAAAUUACACAUAAAUGUAUGGUUCUGCAUUUCUACUCAGACUUACUUUGAUUUAGUAAAAACACUCUAAACAUAUUGUGGUAAAAUGUAUCUUAGAAUGUACCUUUUACUAUGAAUAUAAUUUUGUAUUUUUCAUUCAGUACUAUAGACAGUCUUCAUAAUUGUCAAAUUUUGUGUAUCAUUAGUCAGAUUAAAGAAAGGUGAAAUUAUAGUGGAUGCAUUACCACAAAUAAUUUUCAGUCUCUUAAUUAUAUAAAAAAAAGAGAUCUUUAACUUUAUGAUUUCUUCUUGUGAUAUUUGGAAUAAGAAUGAAGCUGAUGCCAUGGUACUGAAGGGAAUAGAAAUGUUUGUAUGGUUGCAUUUGCAUUUGUGUUACUGUGAAUUUUGAGAACUUAGAUGUAUGGUUGUAGAAGAUAAUGUUUGAGUUUACAAAUUUUAUUUUACAUUUACAAAAGUGUUUUCUGACUCUGAAAUUCAUUAGGAUCCUCCACACCAGCUGCACUCCAGGAAGGAAUGAGGCAGGAAUGGUGUGUGGUGAGGCUUAUCUGCUGCCUCAGAUAGUUGCCAUUAUCUUAUUUUGUGAAUGGAAACUUUAUGGCAUUACACAUAUCACUCACUCAUACUAUAGCUGAGCAACAUGGGGUUGGCAGUUACAUAGAGGUCACAAGGAGGCGAGAGAACUUUUUUGGGAGGACAGGGGAGGGGAAGAGGGAUGUAGAAUGCCAUACACCACUGAUGCUGUGUAGGUUAAGCUGAGAGUGAAUGUGGAUGUGAGCUAAAUUUGAGUACACUAUGGAUAAAAAGGAGUGCACUAAGAUGAUUGUAAUAGCAUGCAAAAUAUGAGUUAAGUUCAUGUCCUA